AUGAGCUUCGCCGUCGACGACCUCGUCAACUCUUUCAACGCCAGCCACAUCGGCCAGGAAGCAAUCGAUCUCGCCGCCCUUCAGCUCGCACAGAGCCUCUUCGCACAUUCCCAUUCCUCACCGUCACAACAAAUCCCUCGCAGGGCAGGCCAGCCACAACCUUGCAACACCCCGACCGCCCGCACCCCGACCUCCAGCUUCUAUUGGGACAGCGGCAGCCGCCGACGCAGCAGCAGCGUCGUGAGCAUCACCCCGUCCCGAAUGGCCGAUGACAUCCGGGAGACAGAUCUGGAAGACGUCGAGGACGAGCGCAUGGUCGAGGAUAUCCUCGGACAGUCCUCCUCGGCCAUGUCCCAGCGGGUCUACGCACAGCCUCUGUCUCCCAACCCUUCAUUCAGGCAUCGUUCGCCCUCCGUGGCGCAUGCAUUUCCCUCCCCCACAUAUGCAUCCUCCCCCGCACUCUACGACCAGUCGCUCUUCACCAACACCGAUCCGUUUUAUGUCGCAGUCGUGCAGGCUUCCCAGCACCACACCCCCUCCACAUCCUUUUUUGCACAGGCCGCCAGGCCCUCGCACAACUCCCCCUUCCUCAAAGCGGCUUCUCAGUCGCAACCCAUUCAUGCCAUGGGCAUGGAGGUAGACACGAGAUCCCUCCUAGCAGGCGCGCCCGGUAUGUUCGACAGAUAG